CUCAACUUCACUUCGCCACAGAUUCUAAGAGAAUAUAUGGCCGCCACCAAUACAUUGAUGAGCUGUGGCAUUGCCUCUGCUUUCCCUUCACUCCUUUCAUCUUCAAAGUCCAAAUUUGCCUCUUCAAUUCCACUUCCUAGCGUCAAUGGCACCUCCCGUGUCACCAUGUCAGCUGAAUGGAUGCCUGGCCAGCCUCGUCCUCCUUACCUUGAUGGCUCAGCCCCAGGUGACUUUGGGUUCGACCCACUUAGACUGGGUGAGGUCCCUGAGAAUCUCGAGAGAUACAAGGAGUCUGAGCUCAUUCACUGCAGAUGGGCUAUGCUUGCUGUUCCUGGAAUCCUAAUACCAGAGGCCUUAGGUCUGGGCAACUGGGUGAAAGCUCAAGAGUGGGCUGCAACCCCAGGUGGCCAAGCUACUUACUUGGGCCAACCAGUUCCAUGGGGGACCCUCCCUACCGUCUUGGCCAUUGAAUUCGUUGCCAUCGCCUUUGUAGAGCACCAACGUAGCAUGGAGAAAGACCCAGAGAAGAAGAAAUACCCUGGUGGUGCUUUUGAUCCUCUGGGCUACUACAAGGACCCUAAGAAGUUCGAGGAAUACAAAGUCAAAGAAAUUAAAAAUGGUCGUCUAGCUCUGUUGGCAUUUGUUGGGUUCUGUGUGCAGCAGUCGGCUUACCCUGGCACUGGACCAUUGGAGAACUUGGCAACUCACUUGGCUGACCCAUGGCACAACAACAUUGGGGACAUUAUCAUCCCUAGAACGAUUUCGCCUUGAAAAAUCAAACAUGGCUUCGAGUUUCUACUGUAAAUUCCAUGUAACCAUGAAAUGCUGUGAAAUUUAUUGCUCUCUCGGCCAUGCCUCAAUGAUCAACA